AUGUUGAAAAUUUACAAGGAGACCAAGGUCAACGUUUCGCCAACCACAACAAUUGUUCACAUUUCUGUCCCAUCACCACAACAUCCACAUGGCAGAAUUCAAUGUUUGGCCAAAACACGACGUUCCCAAGGGGUAGUUGGACAAGAAUGGGACAUUUUCGCGGCUGAAGCCUUAGCGACCUUGGGCGCUGUCUACUUUUGUCAACGCAAGAGCUAUCCCCGAUCCAUAUCAUGGAAAGUUGUGGAUUUCGACCGUACUCUCGAGUUACGUUCGGUUGAUCUGACGAAAAGCGUCCAUAUCGCCCAAGAAGCAGCUGUUACACUGCGGAUUGAGUUCCCUGAUGCUAUUAUUCCGCAUGGUGUUGCCCUCACAGAUCGAGAGGAUCUCGAUUUGCUGAACAUCUUUGUGAUCACGACCUCCAGACAGCUAUAUACGUUGGACCUACGAUUCGAUUACUUUUUGAAUAGCGACGAAAUAGAUGGAAACGUGCUUAAUUGGUGUAGACCAUAUCGGCCUGCGCCACUGAAUUUCACCCAUCCUCAUCGUUUGUAUGCAAGUAGCCCAUUGGAGCUAUAUAUCUCUCUCCAAAGUGGCGCUCUACUACGCCUAACUCGGAAAUCCGACGAUGAUGGUUCUAAUUGGUCCCUUCUUACUCUUGACGAAAGGUCUUGGGGAACUUCCUUGCGCGGGCUGGUUAAAUGGAGCAAUUCCAACUCCAUUCAAUACCAUGGCAGGGAGUUAGAUUCCAAUACGGCUAAUGCUAUUGCUACCACACCUGAUCAGUCUUUCGUAUUCGUCGUCGCCUUGAACCACUCGAUCAAGGCUUGGAAUUUAGCUAAUCAUCGGCUUGUUGCUUCAAAGGAUCUCCUUAAUAGGACAGCCCAACAGCAGGAUGCACUGCCCAUCAACCUUAAUGCAGCCGAUUGCUCCUUUAUCCGGAUUUUUACUGCCCCGAAGGCUUUAGCGGGUGGCAUGUAUUACAUGAUUACCUAUUCUCCUUAUGACGAUGGCCAAUUCAAAUUUUGGGUCGUGAAAGGGACAUUAACAUCCCAAUUAGAUCUCGAAGACCUGUUUCCCGACACCAAGUUGACGGUCAUGGACCCCCUGCCUUCGGGAAGUCUUUUCUGGAAUAUUAUCGACUUUGAGAUCACGCCCACAGAUGACGGAAGAGAUAUGACAUUAUGGGUGUUGUGGAGAAGCAAUACAUUUUAUCAACUAUACACUCUGCGUUUCGAUUUAUUGGACCUACCAAAUGCAUGGCUCAAAAAUUGGACUAAAACAGCGUUAGAGCUUCAUGUUGAACCCCCACAAACUAUUUUACAACCAGGCAUGGCGGACCUUACAGCACAGUGGUUGGAAUAUAUUUUUUCGACUAGGGCUUACCCUACCGUGGUGCUGGAAGCCGCGUUGGCAGCAUUUUCGCAAUCCGACAAACCUCGUGUGGGGCACGACAAUGGGGAUCAGUCUGACAGCUUGCAGCAACGUUUAUGUCAGGCCAUCCAAAGUUCUAUUACCGUGCGCAAAUUUUCAGACGCGACCAUUGAUUUCUCUCAAUAUUUCGCGGAUUUAGAUGCGGCCUGGCACCAACUCUGGCAUUUAGUCGAAGGAGUCAACCAAAGAAGAUUCGAGCCGAUUUCGCUUGCAUACGACCGUCUGUCCAACCUCCCUUGGGUAACUUUCACUGAUGGUUAUUCUUUGGUCCGAGAAUGCACUAGUACGGAAAUUCUCCUUCACAAUGAGCCGAGCUCACUCAGCAAUAAACUAUCCCUUGCUGCUUUAAAUUGGCCGCAUCGCAAUCUUGCGUUCGAAUUGGGGGGAUGCCCGGAUCAAUCGACCAAAUUGAUUAGUUUAGCUGCCUCGUUUCGAAAAGCGCUGACACCCGAACUCGAUCAAGCCUGUCAAAACGCUUUGAACACCGAGAUUUUAAUGGAGCCCGUGCUUUCCGCCGUUGAUCGGAUCCUAGCUUUCCAUACUCGAUGUGGAUUUGUGAAUCUUUUGACUGAUCGCAUGUAUGACAUUGUCUCCGAGAAUAUUGAACGUUCGAUUGGCUUCGACCAACUACAUGCAGAUGCCUUUUUUACAGUCAUUGAAACAAUCCCUUCCGGGUUCUCCGGAAAGAAUUCAAGCUGUUUGUCUACUGAGUUUGGACGCGCCGCUAUCAUGGCGGGGACGGUGGAAAACAUACAUUUUACCAGACAAAUACUUUACGAUCUACUUUUAUUGACUGUAUUCAUUGAAAUGGAAUUGCGACGCGACGGUAUUAUCGCGGAAUUUAACGGUCCAGAAUUAUUUACCGCGCUUAUUACGUUGCUUCGGGAGUAUGAGGUUUUAAGCUGGCUCGGGUCGAAAGCUCGGGCGUCCUCGCCAUGCCGAAGCAGUGAACCAUCUCCACAUGCGAAAGCUGAAAGUCAGUCAGGGAUAUAUCAGCAACUCAAUAAGCGCACUAUUUCCAUUUUAGAAGAUCUUUUCGCAGUGAAUAUCAAACCAUGUAUAUUUUCUGGCAUUUCCCAGAUGCAUGGUUUGACGCAACAAAUUUGCGACGUUGUUUCCUGGACCAUGCUGCCAGAAAGUGUGGCAUUGGACAACGCUUUAGUCUUUAUCCAAUGCAAUUUACUUGCUCAUAGCAACAUCCAACUUGCAAUGGACUUUUCAUGCUUCCAACCAGACACAGGCUGGUCUACUUACAUUAAAGGUCGCCUUCAUCUAGCCCGGCGUGAUUUUGACGCCGCAGCACUCAGCUUUCAAAGGGCAUCAUAUAUGCUAUCGUACGGCAAACCAAUAGGUGAUAUACAGAGAAUGUCAUCCGGGCUUAUCAAUGGCCUAGCAACGAGCCAUUUCUAUAGCGGCCUUCCAAAUUACUUCAUCCAUAUCCUGAAUCUUUUCGAACAAGUCCGAUCAUUUACGCAUGUUGCUUAUUUUGCGCGCCUCUCCUUAGAAGCUGCGGAACCGAUUAAGGGCGAUUCAGAUCAACCUUAUUCUCUCCGCAUGGAUUUGCUGCCUCGCGUAUUUCAUUCCUACUUAAGAACUUGUCAGUUCGACGAAGCUUACACGACCCUUUCGCAAUAUCGGGAUCCGGCGUUUCGUCGGCCAGCCAUCAGGUCUCUAAUGGCUUCGAUUUUCCAUGCGCAUGGAUCAACUACAGCCGGUUUGAGGACAACUUUGGCACUCCCGUUGUCUCUGGAGCCGGGGAUUUCUCAACUAGACGAUAUUUUUGGCUCGGUCACGGAGCAGCAUCGAGCGGGAUCCCCUACGGUAGUUUUACCUGCGGAACCAGCAGACUAUCUCUCGACGUUAAAGGCACUCCACAUUGCAAGAAAUGAUAUGCAGAGCGCCGCAAAGGUGUCCUAUCGAAAGAUUCGCCUCUUGCGCGAAGCAAACUUUGCUCCAAAUACAACUGAAGGAGCUGUAGUGAACACCGGGUCACAGGAGAAUGCUGCCCAGUUCCAGAACACAAAACUUCUCAGUGAACUACUUGCGCUUAUUAACCUGUUAGCAUCGAUGGGGAAUAUGUCGGUAAACCAGAUGAUAGGCAUGAAAAUGCAGAAGGCGUUCUGGGUUCUACAUUUGAUCCAGACAUCCAGGGACUUGUGA